AUGCCAUUGGACGAUAUCCUUUCAGUAGAGGGUCAGCGGCUACUAAGCCACGUUACUUGUGGAGUUAUGAUGUCGGGUUAUGUGAAAAACAAGCGAAUUCAAGAUGCCAUUGAUUUGUUCGCGAAAAUUAAGAAACCGAAUGAUGUGAUUUAUAUCGUAUUCUUCAAUGCGUGUAGCCAAGCUGCGAAUUCCGAAGCAUUGAACGUUGGUAAACGAGUCUUUUUUCAAUUAUUAACGAACUCCAAUGGAAAUAUUUCGAAUGAAAAGCUGCUUCAUGCUGCAUUGGGCAUGUUUGUGAAAUGUUCAGACAUUGAGAACGCCGAAAAACUCUUUGCAAGAUUACAUCGAAAUCAAAUAAGUUACGGAUCAAUGAUGGCAAUGUACAAUCAACGGAAUCAACCUCGGAAAACGUUGCUUCUCUUUGAACAAAUGAAACUGGAGAAGAUCGAGCCGAAUGAGCAAAUCUUUGUUUUGAUUUCCAAUGCUUUUUUUCAAUUGAACGAUCUGAUUAGAGCAAAAGAGUUCUUUGAUCAGAUUUCGACGAAAUCAUCAAUGAUCGGUGAUGUUAUGCUGAAUGGUUUAGCGAGUAAUAAUAGUGCUGAAAGAGCAUUUGAUCUCUAUCGUUCAAUGUCUGUUUCUCCAAGUGAAUAUUCGUUGAGUAUUUUAUUUAAAAUUUGUUCUCAGCUGAAUGAUCAAAAGUCCAUUGAAUUUGCGAGAAGAACUUUCCAAGAAAUAACGAGAAAAUACAAUUGUUCUCAGCUCAGCUUUACACUUGUUUAUGCAGCGUGGGCAAGUCUCAUCAGCGGAAAACACUUUUUCACAAAUGAACAAAGAUGCAAUCAGUUACGGUGUUAUGAUGUCAGUUAUGGAUGUAUGAUGACGAUGUAUAAUAAUCAAAACGAACCUGAUCAAACUUUAUCUUUAUAUGAAGAAAUGAAACGAAACGGGAUCGAACUCGACUGUCUCAACUGGGUUUUAGUUCUCAAUGCAUUAGCUGAUCUUAGUGAUCUUUCAACAUGCGAAUCAAUGACUUCCCAAUUGUCUGAGAAGUAUUUGAAUGAUAUUCAAAUUCAAAAUGCGUUGAUUAAUAUGUGGGGCAAAGCAAGUUCAGCUUAUCGAGCAAGAAAUGUCUUUGAUCAGAUUUCUCAGCCAACUAAUAUGUCUUAUUCAGCUAUGAUAAAUGCAUAUGGUCUGAAUGGAUUAAGUCGACAAGCUGUUCAACUGUACCGUCAAAUUCCAUAUGAGAUCAUUGAUGAUAUUAUUAAUCUGUGUGUAUUAAAUGCGUGUUCACACUCAAGUCUAAUAAAUGAAGCAGAAGAACUUUUCAGGAACAUUCCUAAAGAGAAAAGAACGGAAAAAAUUUAUUCAAGUAUGAUUGAUUGUUACAAUCGUUCGAAUUUAGUCAAUAAAGCUGAAGAAUUGCUCAACGAAUAUGAACAAUCGCAUUCACCUUGUUACUCGAUGUACAUGUCAUUUCUUUCUGCGGCACGUAAUCAACGAGAUCCAUUGCUGGCACAAAGGAUGUAUGAUCGUAUUGAACCUUAUCUGAAAGAUCAAGAAGUCUAUGCAACAUCAGCUCAAGUGCUCUUAGCCAAUACUUAUGCAUUAGCAGGUGAUUCAGCAACAGCAUCAACGAUUCGAACCAAAAUGAAUCAGUCGGGUUUGAAACGAUUAGCUGGUCUUUCUUGGACAGUCGUCAACGGAAAAGUAACGCAAUCAAACGAAAUCUAUGCUGAAUUAGAACGUUUAACAAAUGAGUUAAAGGAACAUGAGUAUCAGUGUGAUGUAUCAUGGAUAAGUCGACCGAUGAUGAAUGACGAAACUGAAGAAUCCGUUUUGUCAGGUCACAGUGAACGAUUAGCUAUUGCGUACAACUUAAUACAACGUCCAAUACCGAAACGUAUCCAAAUAAUGGAAAAUCUUCGUGUGUGUGGUGACUGUCAUACGUUCACUAAGCGGGUGGCUGAAGUUCGCCAAUGCACAAUAAUUAUCCGUGAUGCUAAUCGCACACACCAUUUCUAUCCCGAUGGUCAUUGUUCUUGUGGAGAGUUUUUCUAG